GGGUGUGUAGUGUUGUGACCACAAGAGUACAGUAAUAUUUUUGAGUGAAGCCUAUAAAAGUGUUUGUUAAUUUAGAUUAUAGGAUCUGUUGCCUGGCGCCGGUACCCGGAUCAGUUUUAUCCUCAUCAACUGUUCAUGAGCUGAUCACAACCCAGUUUAAAACUCCCCACAUACACUGUGUGCCGGCAGUGGACAAGAAGCAUCUCCAAAAGCCGCACAGUUCACUAUCACAGCUGACUGGAGAAGAGUGCAGGAUGGCAGAUUUUGAACUUUACUCAUUCCAACGAGAAGUGGUUGAAAGGGCUCUUCGAAGAGAGAAUAUAAUUAUCUGGCUGCCGACAGGAGGGGGAAAGACCCGUGCUGCUGUGUAUGUGGCGCAAAAACAUCUGGAGACUACCUCAAAGGCUAAGGUGGUGGUCCUAGUAAACAAGGUUCACCUAGUGGACCAACAUUACAACAAAGAGUUCAAGCCUCACCUGGGCAAUGAGUACACCCUGCAGCCAGUCAGUGGAGACAGUGAACAGAAGGACUUCUUUGGAAAAGUGGUGAAAAAGUCAGACGUGGUCAUCUGCACUGCACAGAUCUUAUUCAAUGCUCUGACUGACACGAACGAAACCAAACAGGUUGAGCUCUCAGACAUUACUCUACUGAUUAUUGAUGAGUGUCACCACACCCAUAAAGAGGAUGUCUACAACAAAAUUAUGAGAUUCUACCUGGAGAAAAAGUUGAAAGGUGAACGAAAACUGCCACAGAUCCUGGGUCUCACUGCAUCGCCGGGGACGGGGGGUUCAAGGAUUCUGAAAAACGCUGUGGAGCAUGUACUGCAGAUUUGUGCCAAUCUGGACUCAGCCAUAGUUUCAACCAAAAAGCACACUGCUGAGCUGAAGAAGAAGGUUCCCAGACCCAUGAAGACAUUUGACAUUGCGGAUAUAAGGCUUCACGAUCCAUUCGGGGAUCAUCUGAAGAUGAUGAUGCAGAGUAUCCAUGAGUUCAUGACCCUUCCUCAUGACUUCAGACUGAGACAGUGCGGCACACAAGAGUAUGAGGCAGAUGUGGUGCUUCUAGAGAAGAGAGGGGUAAAAGAUGACAACAGAGUUCUGGCACAAUGUGCACUCCAUCUCAGACAAUACAAUGACGCCCUGCUCAUCAAUGACACCCUGCGAAUGAUAGAUGCUUACCGCUCCUUAAAGGAUUUCUACGGUACCACCACCACCAUGGAUGGAACAGACUUCCUGGUGACACUUUUCCAAGAGAAUCGAGUGAAGCUGAAGGAAAUAGCAAAGAAUUGUCAGUAUGAGAACCCCAAAAUGGGCAAACUUCAAACCGUUCUUCUAAAUCAGUUUGGUCCAGAUGAGAAAUCAAGAGGGAUCCUCUUCUGUAAAACUCGUAGAAGCACCCACCGCCUACAUGACUGGGUCCUCAACAAUGGAGCCUUACAGGACGCUGGCAUCAAGGCAGCAGUCCUCACAGGGGCUGGCAAUGGCAUUAGUCACAUGACACAGAAUGAGCAGUCAGACACGAUCAGCAAUUUCCGCGAUGGUAGACUUAACCUCCUAAUCUCCACCAGUGUGGCUGAAGAAGGCCUUGACAUCCCUGAAUGCAACCUGGUGGUACGCUAUGGAUUGCUUACAAAUGAGAUUGCCCAGCAGCAGGCCAGCGGACGUGCCCGGAAAGAAGAAAGCCAGUACUCAGUGGUUGCACAGAAAGGGGGACAGGAAGAGCGCAGAGAACACAUCAAUGAAUUUCUGGAAGAGCUGACUGGAAAAGCCAUUGCUGAGGUCCAAGAGAUGAGCCCCCAUGAUUUUCAAAAAAAGAUAAGUGAGCUUCAAAAAGAGGCAGUUACUGGCAGUAAAGUUGCAGAGAUGCAAAAAACGGACAAGAGGAGAAGCUUCUCUGCGUCCAGUGUCCAGCUCUUGUGUCGAAACUGUUUUCAGUGUGUGGCAUCUGGCAGUGACAUUCAACUUCUUGACAAAAUGCACUAUGUCAACGUGAAUCCUGACUUUCAGAAGCACUACAAAGUCGGUGAGCAGGUUGCGCUAAAAAGGAAUUUUGAGGACAUGGAGCCUGGACGCAGAAUCAGUUGCAAUAAUGGCAACUGCAACAAGGAUUGGGGAAGUGAGAUUAAGUACAAGAAGCGCGCCCUGUUGCCCAAUAUAUCCAUUAAGAACUUUGCCCUGGAGACCCCUGAGGGCAGGGACGUUGUGAAGAAGUGGAAGGAUGUUACUUUCACCGUUAAAGAGUUUGACAUUGAAAAAUACCACCAAGACCACUUCCCCAACAUGACCACUGAUUGACACAGCAAGAGAGGUCUGUGUGGGUUUUUCCCCAUUUCACAAGCCAGUUUUUAUCUGUAUUUUUUUUUCAUUCAAAGCUGUAUUUCAUUCAAAGCUGUAUUUCAUUCAAAGCUGUAUCUGUGAUCGUCUGUGCUCAUUUAGAAAAGGUAAACCAUAAUUUUAUUGUUUGAGGUACUUAAAUAUGAACACAUGCUUUUUAAAAAUUCACAUAGCUAGCACGUAUUUGUGCUGCUGGGCCAGUGAGGCAGUAGUGUGCUAAAACCCAUUACGCAUCGAUCAUGCUAGAAAUUAGCAUGACAGCUUUGUUGAUGCCUAAGGUCUUAACUGCAUUUGCGUGUUUUUGUGUGUAUUUCCUCUGCUUCAUCUCAAGUCAAGCACAGAAACAAAGUACAAAAUGAACUCUGCUGUUACAUGAAUCUUAACCAUCAUGAACCUUUGAUCACGUAUGUGUUGUAUGCAGAUAUUGUGUAUGUAUUGGUAGUUUCACAUAAUUUAUCAUGGCCUAUGUAAAUAAACUAAAACAAAAGAUGAGAUUUAAAUUUAAAUAAAUGUACUGGUUGAAUUGCCAAAAAAUUUUUUGUAAUUUUUUUGCCCUUCUGAGCCACUAGAUGUCACUGUUGGUCAGGAAAUGUCCACAUAAGAGGACUGUUUUCUAAUCUACACUAUAACUCCUAGCAGAUUUUCAGUGUGAAAUGUGUUCACACUGGAAGGGUGGAAAAAAAAAAAAAAGUAUACUCCAAACAGUAAGGUCUGCAUACUAAAACUACCCUUUGAGUGUGGUGUGGUGUGAAUGGACAAUAAUAGUGGAUUGUGGCAUUCUGAAGUCACAGUUUGAUGCCUUUACACAGCAGUGUAACAGUUGCAUUAA